AUGUCACUAACUCCCUGGAUGACUGGGGAAUUUAGGGGUAAGCCCCCACUUCCAAGAGCUGCACAUACAUGUAAUAUAAUAGAAGAUAAAUUAUUUUUAUUUGGUGGUUGGAAUGGAUUUCAAGCUCUUAAUGACUUUUAUGUUUUAUACACAAGUUCAGAAGUAAUGUUUUGGCAAAAACUAAUACCUUCUGAAAAAAGGCCAAAACAUAGAAAUAAUCAUGCUUCAGCUGUAUAUGGAAAUUCAUUGUAUAUUCAUGGAGGACACAAUGGUGAAUUUUGGCUGAAUGAUAUGUAUGAAUUUACAUUAAAAGAAAUAGACGACUCAAAUAUUGACAAUUUGAAUGCAAUAAGUCAUACAGAAGAAAUAAAUGAAGAACUUUUAGGAACUUGGAAACGUAUUAAGAGUACAAACAAACUUAAAAAACCAUCUGCUAGAGCAUGCCACUCAUUAACACGAAUUUUUGGAAGGCUAUACCUUUUUGGAGGUUUUGAUGGGAUUCAAUGUUUUAAUGAUUUAUGGGUUUAUGACAUUGCAAAGAUGACUUGGAGUGAAGUAGAAUUUGACAAUUACAUUCCAAAAUGCAGAAAUGGCCAUUGUGCCAUUUCUUCCACUAAAGGAAUAAUAUUCUUUGGUGGAAAUACCGGUAAAGAAUAUAUUGGUGAUGUUUCAUUAUAUAUCCCAGAAAAAAAGGAAUUCCAAACUCCAAAAACUUUUGGAGUCUGCCCUUCAGCGAGAAAAGGUCACAGUUUAGCUUUGUUGGAUGAUGUCUCUGCUAUAAUGUUUGGAGGAUAUGACGGAAAAAAUAGGUGUAAUGAUUUGUUUAUUUUGGAUAUUUCUGAAUUACCUUCAACAGUACGUUGGGAGAAGAUAAUUGAAAAGAAUUCUCCAAGUCCCAGACAAAGAAACUCUCUGACAACAAUUCCAGGCGGUAAAUGUCUUUUAUUUGGUGGAUACGAUGGUAAUUGUUGGAAAUCUGAUACUUAUUUAUUAGAUAUUAGGAAGUUUUCCAGUUCAAUGCAUAGCAAGAAUGUUUCAUUACCAAUGCUUUCAAAUUUGGAAAGUCUUGUUGACAAUCCAGAUUUUAGCGAUAUUGUCUUUAUUCUUGAGAAUAAAGAAACUUUGUAUGCACACAAAUGUAUAUUAGUUACUCAAAGUCAAUACUUUAAAUCAAUGUUUAAGACUGGAAUGGCUGAAUCAGAUUCAAAAGAAAUCCAUCUUGAACACAUUCCAAAAAAAGAAUUUAAAAUUAUUAUUAGAUUUCUUUAUACAUCCUAUUUGGAUGAAACCGACCUCCAAACCUUGUGUAAUGUAUUACUUAUUGCAGACUCUUAUAAUUUGACAGCUCUUUCAGAUUUAUGCAUAAAAACAGUUAAACAAUUAGUGGAAGUUGGUAAUGUUUGUGAAAUUCUUAUAAUUGCUCAUCGUUGUAAAAUUGACGAACUUUUAAAAUUUUGUGUCGAUUUUGCAUCCUUCCACGUAGAUGUACUAAUUAAUAGCCCAAAAUUUGCUCAACUUUCCAAUGAAUUUCCUAAACUCGCACUUAGUAUUUCAAGUUCUGUUAUUAGUAAACUUAUUUAA